AUGUUUUUGAAAGUUAUUUGGGUAUUUGUAGCACUUAACCUCCAAUUCUGUCUUAAUGAGACUCCUCCAGCACCAGUAGUAGACCUUGGUUAUGCCCGGUAUCAAGGAUACUAUGAUUCUGCCUAUGAUGUGAACAUCUAUAAGGGGAUAAGAUAUGCUGCUCCCCCAACCGGCAAGUUAAGAUGGCAGUUACCACAAUCGCCAGCUCAGAAUCGAAGCCAGAUAAUUCAAGCGACUAAGUAUGGCUCACAAUGCCCUCAAUCUGGGGAUGGGCCGGGACCUCAAAAAACCGCCCCAACGGGCUCCGAGGACUGCCUGUUUAUGAAUAUCUUUUCGCCCACGAAUAAAACAGGGCUACCCAUUCUAUUCUGGAUCCAUGGCGGGGGAUAUGGACAAGCAAACGCGGCGUUCGACCCAUCACCACAAAUUCAUACGAACGGGAAUUCAUUCGUAAUAGUAGCGAUUCAAUAUCGUCUAGGAGCAUUUGGAUUCCUCUCGUCUGCCGAAUUCGCCAAGUCGGGUGUUCUUAAUACAGGAGUUCACGAUAUGUAUUUCGCUCUGCAAUGGGUCCAAGAACACAUUCACCUCUUCGGUGGCGAUCCGACAAAGGUAACAAUUGCUGGCGAAUCGGCCGGAGGCGGUAGUGUUAUGUUGCUUGGUAUGGCCUAUGGAGGAGGAGCCAAUGCCAGCUUGACGGCGGGGUCUAAUAAUCAGCAUAGGGAUUAUAAUGGUACCAGGCCAACUGAAUAUUACCAUCGCUUCGCAGAAAGCGCAGGUUGCUCUGAAGACAGGAUAAAAACCAACGAGUCGGUCUUCGACUGCUUGGUUUCUGCAGACACAGUCACCCUCCAGAAUGCUAGCGACUACGUCAGCACGACAGGACUAUACGGUCAAUGGGCAUUUAUACCCGUAACAGACGGGACGCUUAUCCGAGAACGACCAACCGAUCAGCUAUUGAAAGGCGGAAAGCUCAAUGGCGUCCGCGUCCUAUCCGCGAGCAAUUCGAACGACGGCCCAUUUUUCACACCGCGGGGCAUAGAGAAUGAGAAUGAUUUCACGGAUUUCCUCACAUUGAAUUAUCCCUCGUUAAGCAAAGAGAAUAUGACUAAUAUCCUCGCGCUCUACUCCGUUCCACCGAAUGCCUCGAAUGUGUUAAUCAACACCGAUGGCGAAAACCCGCCAUAUGCGACGACUAAUUCUGGGUGGGCUUACGGUUGGGAACAAGCGGCUACCAACCUCUACGCGGAGACUACGUUCGGAUGUCCUUCCUAUUGGCUCGCUGACGCUUACGCGAAGAAGCAAGGUGGGAAGGCGUGGCAUUACCAGUUCUCUGUCCCACCAGGGCAACAUGGCCUCGACUUAGACCCACUCCUUCAAUCGACAGAUACUCAGACCGAAGGCAUGGAUAAGGUGUUUCGCACAGCCUUCCAGCAGAUUUGGGGGAACUUCAUCGUGAGAGGAGACCCGACACUUAGCACCAUGCAGAUAAGCGCUGCGAAGCAAGGAAAUAUCACAGCAGCUGGUACUGGGAUGUGGCCGCAAUGGGAAGGGAAGCCAGGUAGUGACUGGAUGCUCAAUUUGAAUAUGACCGGUGGCCAGCCUAUUAUCGAGACAGCUACUCUUGAUGGCAUAUCUGUCAAUGUUACUCGCUAUGUCGUUGGAAAUGACACUUCAUCGCAGCCUUUAGCUGCAGAUUUUAAGGUCGCCGAAGGUAGUUCUUGGGAGGGCGGAAGAGGUAAAAGAUGCCAGUUAUGGGCUGAUCUAGGACCUUGGAUCCUAGAGUAA